GCGGCGGGAGGGCUGAUGCCGCACGGCCGUGCCCGCGGUCCCGGCGGAGGCAUGGGGCGGGCGGCGGAGCGGGGCUGAGCCGAGCCGAGCCCUCCGCGCCGCGCCACGCCGCCGGCAGAGCGACUAUGGCCGGGGGAAGGAGGGGGCUGGUGGCGCCUCAGAACACCUUCCUGGAGAACAUCGUGCGGAGGUCUAACGAUACUAAUUUUGUCUUGGGUAAUGCCCAGAUAGUGGAUUGGCCCAUUGUGUACAGCAACGAUGGAUUUUGCAAGCUAUCAGGAUAUCACAGAGCAGAAGUUAUGCAAAAAAGCAGCACCUGCAGUUUUAUGUAUGGAGAGCUGACAGACAAAGAUACAAUUGACAAGGUCCGACAAACAUUUGAGAACUAUGAGAUGAACUCCUUUGAAAUCCUGAUGUACAAGAAGAACAGAACACCUGUCUGGUUCUUUGUGAAAAUCGCUCCAAUCCGAAAUGAGCAGGAUAAAGUGGUUUUAUUUCUUUGCACUUUCAAUGACAUAACGGCUUUCAAGCAGCCCAUUGAGGAUGAUUCAUGUAAAGGUUGGGGAAAGUUUGCUCGCUUGACCCGUGCCCUCACAAGCAGCCGAGGCGUGCUUCAGCAGCUUGCUCCGAGCGUGCAGAAAGGAGAGAAUGUUCACAAGCAUUCACGACUUGCUGAGGUACUGCAGCUGGGCUCUGAAAUCCUCCCACAGUACAAACAAGAAGCACCAAAGACUCCGCCACAUAUAAUUUUGCAUUAUUGUGUUUUCAAGACUACCUGGGACUGGAUCAUCUUGAUUUUAACCUUCUACACCGCUAUUUUGGUCCCUUACAAUGUCUCCUUUAAAACCAAACAGAACAAUGUGGCCUGGCUAGUAGUGGACAGCAUUGUAGAUGUCAUUUUUUUGGUAGACAUUGUGCUUAAUUUCCAUACCACCUUUGUGGGACCAGCAGGAGAGGUGAUCUCUGACCCAAAGCUGAUUCGCAUGAAUUACUUGAAGACCUGGUUUGUGAUCGAUCUGCUCUCAUGCUUGCCGUAUGAUGUCAUCAACGCAUUUGAGAAUGUUGAUGAGGGCAUCAGUAGCCUCUUCAGUUCACUUAAAGUGGUCAGACUACUUCGACUCGGUCGUGUAGCUCGGAAAUUGGACCACUACAUUGAAUAUGGAGCAGCAGUCUUGGUUCUGCUGGUGUGCGUGUUUGGUCUUGCGGCACACUGGCUGGCCUGCAUUUGGUACAGCAUAGGAGACUAUGAAGUUAUUGAUGAGGAUACAAACACGAUCCGAACUGAGAGCUGGCUCUAUCAGCUGGGAAUGUCGAUAGGAACACCUUACCGCUUUAACACAUCAGGCUUUGGAAAAUGGGAAGGCGGUCCAAGCAAGGACUCCGUCUACAUCUCCUCAUUGUAUUUUACGAUGACCAGCCUCACCAGUGUUGGUUUUGGUAACAUCGCUCCAACUACAGAUGGGGAGAAGAUCUUUGCUGUUGCUAUGAUGAUGAUUGGCUCCCUUCUGUAUGCAACCAUUUUUGGUAAUGUGACAACCAUAUUUCAGCAAAUGUAUGCUAAUACGAACAGAUACCAUGAAAUGCUGAACAGUGUCCGAGACUUUCUAAAGCUCUACCAGGUCCCUAAAGGACUGAGUGAACGUGUGAUGGAUUACAUUGUUUCCACCUGGUCAAUGUCCAGAGGAAUAGAUACUGAGAAGGUUUUGCAGAUAUGCCCUAAGGACAUGAGAGCAGACAUCUGUGUGCAUCUGAACCGUAAAGUUUUCAAGGAGCACCCAGCCUUCAGGCUGGCGAGUGAUGGGUGCCUUCGAGCGCUUGCCAUGGAGUUUCAGACAGUGCACUGUGCCCCAGGAGACCUGAUCUACCAUGCUGGCGAGAGCGUCGACAGUCUCUGCUUUGUGGUUUCAGGGUCUUUGGAAGUAAUCCAGGAUGACGAAGUCGUUGCUAUAUUGGGCAAAGGAGAUGUUUUUGGUGAUGUCUUCUGGAAGGAGUCUACCCUUGCCCAGUCCUGUGCUAACGUAAGGGCUUUGACCUACUGUGAUCUUCAUGUGAUUAAGAGAGAUGCCUUGCAGAAAGUGCUGGAGUUCUAUACAGCCUUUUCACAUUCCUUCUCCAGAAAUCUUAUUUUGACUUACAACUUGAGAAAAAGGAUUGUGUUCCGGAAAAUCAGCGAUGUGAAACGUGAAGAAGAGGAGAGAAUGAAGAGGAAGAACGAAGCCCCUCUGAUUUUACCGCCAGAUCACCCGGUCCGCCGGCUGUUUCAGCGCUUCAGGCAGCAGAAGGAGGCACGGCUCGCAGCAGAGAGAGGGAGAGAUCCGGAUGACCUGGACGUGGAGAAGGGCAACGUCUUAGGCGAGCACUCCUCGGCCCGCUCGGUGGUCAAAGCCAGCGUGGUGACCGUACGGGAGAGUCCGGCGACCCCCGUGUCGUACCAGUCGGCUUCGACGUCUGGGGCGUCCGACCAGGCAAAGCUGCAGGCCCCGGCGUUGGAGUACGCGGGGUGUAAAGCGUCGGGGGAUUACCCUCGACGGAAAGGCUGGGCCAAAUUCAAAGAUGCCUGUGGGAAAGGUGAAGACUGGAACAAAGUCUCCAAAGCAGAAUCCAUGGAGACUUUACCAGAGAGAACUAAAGCUUCGGGAGAAGCUACCCUGAAGAAGACAGACUCUUGUGACAGUGGCAUCACAAAAAGUGACUUGCGCUUGGAUAAUGUUGGGGAGACACGAAGCCCGCAGGACCGCAGCCCGGUCCUCACCGAGGUCAAGCAUUCCUUUUAUCCUAUUCCAGAACAGACUCUUCAGGCCACCAUGCUGGAAGUGAAACACGAGUUGAAAGAGGACAUCAAGGCUUUAAACACAAAAAUGACCAAUAUAGAAAAACAGCUUGCUGAGAUACUUAGGAUAUUAACCUCAAGAAGAAGCUCCCAGUCACCACAGGAGUUGUUUGAAAUAUCAAGGCCCCAGUCUCCAGAAUCAGAAAAAGACAUGUUUGGAGCUAGCUGAGGUGUUUCUUUAUGAAAAACAAUCAAUCAAACAAACAGACCACCCCCCUAACAUUUUAAAUUUAAUCUCGAAAACGAGUGAGGGACCAAUUCACUAAGCAUGUUCCCUGUGUCUAAAAAGGUACGGUAGCAGGAAUUGCAACCUCAUGUCAAGAUGGCAGCUGACUCUGAAGCCUUUUUGACAGCAAGGGUACAGUUUAUAAAGUUUUUCUUUUCUGCAUUGGUUCCCAUUCCCCCCACUCCCUCUCUCCCUCAGGAUGUUGAAAUAAGAACUCGGAAAGCAGCAGCCAUCCCAGUGAGCGCCAGGUGACCUCUUAGGUUAUUGGAGCAUGCCUUAUGUAGUUAGCUCAGUUUUUGCCUAUAUGAAUAAGGACUUGCCAGGGUGCUUAUGUUUUCAGCUUUUAUUUUAUUUUAUUUUAUUUUAUUUUGCUGCUGUCACUGUCUCAGUCACCUGUUCAGCAUGUUAAAUGCCACAGUAUGUUUUCAUAUACCUGUAAAAAAGCAAAGAGCAGUAGAAUGAACGUGUGCUACUUGAUAGCAAAGUUCAUUUUGGGAUGUUAAGAGAUUUGUAAAAAAAGUGAAAAAAAUGUAAGUUUUUUUUUUAAUUUACAUACUGCUAAACCAAUUACAUUUAACAACAUCCUCAGAAAUAGGGAUAGCAUUUCAGGUCAGUCAAUAAACAGGAUCAUCCACAUUCUCAUUCUGUGAGCCAGGAUACUGAUUUCCAAAAGCUUAACUUCUGUCUCAGAUGUUGUUGAAUAUCGUUACCUUUGCUUUUAACUCCAGCCACUGGAGGACAGAGGUUUGGAUGUGCAGUGUGCCUGCAGAAUGUGCAGAAUGUGUCCUGCCCACAGCAGAACGUACCGUGGUGCAUCAGUGCCAGUAACUAUUCUGCAGAUUUUCCUCCUUGUGAAAAUACACUGUGGCAUUUAUGUCCCAUUUUUGCUAUGAAUCUGCUCUUUUAGUUCUUGUUAAAUUAUUAUUCAGAAGUUUCUGUUUUGGUAAUGUUCACUGUAGCCAAAGGCUUUCACAGAAAUUUUAGAGGUUUUAGAUUGUGGCAUUUUUCUCUACAUCCAGAUGUAUUGUUCCUGAUCUUAUCUAGCUAGAAAGCAAAUGGAUAAUAGAGGUAGAAAUACAGUGCUUACUGUAUACAAGCACUAUUGUAGCAAGGAAACAAGACGAUCUGCUUCUUAAAGAUGUUUCCAAAACUUAUAUUUUCAUAACUUCUUUGGAGGAAGAUUGAAGCACUUUACCAAAACUACUGUUCAUUAUUCAUUAGGUAGGGUAGCACAAAUGGUAUCAAGGCUUGGGAUAGAGGUGUGUUUUCACAGUAAAUUCUCUCCACUGAUCAGGUACGUUCACUAUUUAUCGGUAGGUUAUUGCACAGAAGCACAAUGCAACACUUUUUUGGGUUUUCAUUCUUAAUGGCAGUAGGUCAAUACAGUUCAGUAGUAGUUCUCAUUCUUUUUCUAUGGUACAAAGUCAUUCAAAAAAAAUAUAUGACAUGAUUUUGGGGGAAGAAAAUUUGGUUCAGGUUAAGUAAGGAAGAGGUAAGGGAAAUGACCAAUUUGAAAGGAUUUUGGGUGGCCUGAUGCUUGCAUGGUGCCAUGCAGAACUGUGCCAGCCAUCCCUGGGGAGGUGCAAGGUGCCCUGGUGAAGUGGCACAGCGUCGGGGCUGUGCUGUGUGAAGCUGGGAGCUAAGGUCUCGAAGGCAGGAUAUCUGUUAAUAUCUGUUCUUCCAGUAACUGCCUUGCUCUGAGAUGCUGAUUAUUCAGAGAGCAGCACUGCAGUUUGCAGCUGGUUUAUGGUUAGCUUUCAAGGGUCAUAGGCCUUGGUUCACUACAGAAGUGUCCAGAGAUUAUAAAAUCUUACCCAAGGAUUGAAAAAUUCCAGAGAAACAUCUGUCAGGAUCAAAUUUGUAUGCUUCUUUCCCCCAUUCCCAAGAAAAGGCAUUAGUGAGGUGACUUGCUAUGAAACAGGGGUGCCAUUCCCUGAAUUUACUUCUGGCUUCAUGUUUAGUUUUUUCCAGUGGUGACUGGUGUCUGUAACAGAUAUGUACUGAAGACACACAGUACUGAGGAAAGCUCUUUUUGACCAAAUCACAGUGUGUGUUUGGUGCUUUAAUCACUGUAAAUGGCAACGGUUACCUGCAAUGGCUAUGCCAUGAUUACCAUAAGAAAUCCACACAGCAUUGGUUUCAGUUAGAAACUCCUACAUGAUUUUUCUCUCUAGUCUUGUCAGUCAGUAAAUUAAUCCAACAGUGAAAUUAUGCCAGAAUAAACCACAGGUUUACAAGUAUAUAUGUAUUUCUAAUUGAUGCCCAAAAGUUCCAGGAGGGUUUGAGAGGCUAACUUGGUGUCAGUUUUCUAAUCCAGGCAAAGUGCUCUUCAACAUUAUAUUCCCAACAUCGGGUUUCCUUCAUAAAAUUUGUGAAAGGCUGAAAGUCUUGCUGAACUCAGCAGGUACCCAUCUCCCUGUACUUGGAUAAACAUUAAAAUUGGCUUAUCCGAGGCAGAUGGGGGAGGAAAUGGUUAUAACCCCCAAAGGAUGUGCCUGAUAUCUCGAGUAUCACAGCGCAGGCGUAGAGUUAAAUGUGCAGUUGCAGGUUACCUGGCCCUUUGCAGCUGGCACUGUGUUGAUGUUUCUCAGUGGUAUGUUUCAUGUGCCCUCAGGGAUGUGUCUAAGGUUUUUCUGGUGUUGCUGAUUGCCGAAUCCUGGCGUUAUGGCAGGGUUAAGCCUAGAAGCCCCCCAGUUAUCCCCUCUGCCACAUGUAGUACUGUGAGUAAAGGAGCCCAAGUCCCCAUCUUCUGGCGGCACCUCUCGUGCAGCCUGACGUGCAGCCAGCGUGAUUUGGCGUGCUGCUGCCUGCUGUACUGCAAGGGGUGGGUGUAGCAGAGCCCAUUUUGAAGGCUUUUAUGAGGCUGUCAUAAUAGCCUGUAAAGCCAUUUAUAAUCCAUUUGUAAAGCCUUGAAAGACUGUAAUAUACUACGGAAUUACACUUAAAAUGUAAUGUCUUUGAGGAAUAUGGCCAAAUUUCAUUCUGUUACAGUCAUGAAACUCCAGAAAAACUCUGCUCCCUCCGGUGACACCUUCAAGGCAUCUGCUGCAGGCCAGCACUGGCAGCAGGCAAUGUCAUUCACAUUUGCACAGCUGUAACAGAUCAGACCCAUUUUAUUAGGGUUUUAUGAACUGGUAGGUACUAAAACUAGUUGUAGAAGACUGCAUCAUCCCUCAGUAACCAGUAUGUGUUGUAAGAGAAUUUGAAAUAAUAUAAUAUUUAGGAUGAGCUUUUGGUCUUUGGAUUCCCCAGGCUACCUAGUGAUUAAAAUGAGCACAACUCUGCCUGCUGUGGAACGAGUGACGGCUUUGGCCCUCAGACUGGUUUGGAGCUGUAGUGUAGUGCCCAGGCUCAGCAGAUCCAGUGCUUCUCGUUUAGGAAGUGAUUGAAAGCACCUCUGUUGCAAAUCUGUCUCUACUGAGCCUUAAACUUAGAUGCCUAAGGCUGGGUGGUGUACAUACCCAUGGUAAUUUUUACUUGUUCUUCCAUUUCUUUGUCAGCUUUUCCUUUUUCUCUCUACAUAUUGAGCAAGCCUUCUCACUUAAAUUAUUUUUCAGCUUAGAAAUGAAUGACCUCUGAACAUGAGAUUCUGUCCCUUCACAAGCAAAUGUUUGUACAGUCUGUAAGAAAAAAGAAAAAACAAAGCCCCUGUUUUAACGGUGUUCUGGCAUAGUGCUUCUACCAUUUAACAACCUGCUAAAGAGCCUGUAUUAAUCAAAAAGUGAUCAUGCAUUCUGUUUUUACCCUACAUUCGAAUGAGAUUUCAGUCAAAAGCUGGUGGUUCAGGGAAAGAGCCUGGGUUAUGAACUGUUAAAAUGGAAACGUGUAAAAGUUUGUACUUAACCAGAAUACCAAUAUGCAGCACAGGAUUAAAAAAGCAAAAACCAACCCUCACCCCUUCUGUGUUCAGAUACAUUAACUUCUGUCUGGUAUUACCUGUAUACUUUUAAAAACACCCUUCUUGCUUUAAAUCUCUUUCACAGUGCUGCUCUGAAUCCCAGCGAGCACCCUGUUUAACAGCUUCGAAGGUGAUGUUCUGCUUCUACAGUACUUCACUUUAAUGAACCGAACAAGAUAUUUACUGUGAAUAUGUGGUGAUACUUUCAAUCACUCUUAACCAGUCUGUGAAAGAAUUUAAUACAUGAUUUGUCUUUGCUAUAUAAACAACGUGUAUGAUUACACUUGUGCAAAUGCGUGUACAUACACACAUAUAUAUAAUAUCUAUGUACAGAUAAGUCUAUGGAUUGUGUUUCUGUUCUGUAAAAGCACAUCCCUCAUUUAAUGAUUACAGUUCAAGACGGGAACUUAAAUCUUCCCAGUAGCUACCCACUGAAUGUCCUAGUUAUUAUCUUGUUUGUUAAAUGUUGAAUUUCUAAGGCCAAGACUUUUGGUUUCUCUAGCGGGCCUCAACUUUAUCCUGUUAGUCUGGCUAGCUGUGACUGAGAGAAGAUCUGGCAGGUGCUGUGAUAGGAAAAGGAAAUCGUGUGACAUUGGAAAAAUGCUGUAUCAUAGUUGGUGGGAAUAUGGCUCAUAAGCCACCAUUUGUUGCUCACUCACAAUGUCUCUGAAGCUAAGCUUCCCUGGUAUCGCUUCUCGUGGCUUCUCCUGCAAGAGGGACUGUGGAACAGGCGGAUUUCUUUUUCCUGGUACCAGGGGAUGUCUCAAAGGUGCUGAGCCUAUCCUUCUUCUCAUGUGGCACACAGUCACCGCACCUCUGCUUUCUUGUCCUGGUAUUAGGUGGUGAAGAGCACCUUCUGAAUUCUUCAUUUCCACGUAGUCUCCUGUGGGUGUUUUGGCAAUAACAAAGUCUGUGUUUCAGCUGCACUUCUGAUUCAUUGCAACAAACUUUUUAGAGAGAGACCCGUGCAGGGAAGCUCCAGAAAUUUGAGGUGAGGUACAGUAGAUUACUGCAUCCUUUAAUCAGACAUAGUUUUGACCACAUUGUUGUGGCAAGCGUUGAUUCAAUUAAAUGAAAAUAAAGCUUUUUGCAAUAAGAUAUAUCCAACAUUUAGCCUUAAGACCCUUUCAUAAGUGACACAAUUCAAACUGUGAUUCCAUUCUCCUUCCUUCUUAAUGUUCUGUAGUAUUUACAAUGUUGCCUAAAGAUAAAGCACUUUGAUUAGCUUUCUAAAUCUGAUGGAAAUCACUUGUUGGUAAUCACAUUUAUUUCUCCACUUAUUGCCUUCUUCUUAGUAUAAUAAAUUACUCCAAUAGUCCUCUCCCCUUACAAAACCAAGAUACAUAAUUAUUGUCUAAAUACUUUUGUACAUCAGGGAGCCAGCCCGUCAUAUCAUAAAAGUGUUUGUUUCAAAGAUUUUUUUACAGUUCAACAACGCUAAUGUGAAUUUACCUGCAACUGUAAUUUGUUUCAAGCUGAUUGUUGAGUGUUGUGUAAACAUAUUUGAUGUGUAAUCCCAGGACAUCUCUGUAGGUGGAUUUAAAUGCCUGGUGUUAACAAAAGUUUGGGGUUUUCACUCUCUGUUCCGAAAGGCUAAUGUCCUUUUUUCUUCCCACUGAAUCUGUGACCACUAACAUAGAAAAAGAAUCAUUUUAGCUGUAGAUGAAAGAUGUUCAAUAAUCUUGUAUCAGGAUGAACUGCUAUAUAAAGAAAUACGAAGUUUUCUAAUGAAUGUGUUAUAUUAUUGUACCUACAUACAAUCAAUAUUUGUACAUCUGUUGGAAACCUGUCUGCGUUUCAAUAUUUAGCCACCACUGCAUGGACACUUUAUUGAUAUGCAGUUAAUGCAGUCGCUUUGGCGCUUUUAAAUGUAUUUCACUUGGUUUUAUCCUUUCUGAAAUCCACCAAAUACUCUUCUUUCUUUUUCUUGGCAUUUGUCACUUUGUUCAAUGAAGCAUGACUAGACAAAGAGAACAAGUAGAUACUAUUUUUGUGGUCAGCAAAGCAGCUGCCAGUAGAUAGACAGUGUGUGUACAUACAUAUACACGCUGUUUGGGAAUGUUUCAGUUAUAAAUGCAGCCACCUACAUUAAUGAUAUCCCUGUUCAACAUUUUUAAACAAGCACAAAUAAUAUUUGUAAAAAAAAAGUUUAAUUUUAUUUAUUAUAGUAAUAAACUAUUUUA